GUGAAAGAGUUUACAUCGAGUACACACCCUUUUUAUACAGACAACAGAAAAUUACUAAACAAAAUCUGAAUCAUGCCAGGACAAGUGUUUUGACAUGGUAUUCCUGCAAAACGUGACAUAAUGAAAAUGAAACUAAACAAGUGAAAUUUACACAACCACAGAAAUGUAAGAUAAUCCAGUUUACAUCCUGAUAAGGGGAUUAUUGUGCACAUAUGUUACAUCGGUCUUGUGGGUGUCAGAGCAGAUUUCUGAGAGCACACACAGAAUGAAGAUGUCUUCUUCCCCAACUAUUAGAUUUGACAGGGAGGGACUUCAUAAAUUCCUUCAUAAAUAGACCAGCAAUUCAGUCAAAGACUGUUAUUCAACCAGACACUCCUAAAGCCCUUGGCACUGUCUAUAACUAUUGAGAUCGUCUGUGAAGUUCAGUCCAGCAGCCGCUACAGAUUUCAGCAUCAAAAAUGAGUAAUUCAGCACAAAACAUCAGCAGAUCAACAGCAAGAGCAGAGGUGUUAAAAAAACAUGAAUACACCAUAAUAAAAGAACUUGGACAAGGGAUUUCAGGAAGAGCGUUUCUGGUGAAGAAUCCAGAUGAAGAUUCCCUUGUGGUCAAAGAGAUCAACUACAGAGAUAAUAAGAAUUUUAAUCUAGAGGCAGCCAAAAAUGAAAUUGACAUCCUGAAGAAUCUGCACCAUGGAUAUAUUGUUGGAUACGAGGGCUCAUUUGAAGAUAGAGAAUCUGGGUUCUUUUACAUUGUGUCGGAGUACUGUGCAGGAGGAGAUCUUUUCAAGAAGAUGCAAACAAAUAGAGGGUAUUUUGAAGAACAACAGAUCCUUGACUGGUUAGUACAGAUUUGUCUGGCUCUGCAGUAUCUUCAUAACAACAAUGUUCUCCACAGAGAUAUAAAACCUCAGAAUGUUUUUCUAACUGAGGAUGGUUACAUCAAUCUAGGAGAUUUUGGAUGCUCAAAAGUGCUGCAAAGUGCUGAUCAAUAUGCAACAUCACUUGUGGGAGCAGAGCUCUAUACCAGCCCAGAAAUCUUUCAAAACAGACACAAUUCCAAAAGUGACAUAUGGUCAUUGGGAUGGUUGCUCCAUGAUCUCUGCAUGCUGGAUGUGUGGUCAAACAUCCUACAGCGUCGCUGUGUUCAUGCCAAUAGCUUGAGUGGAACCAAACCUGAAAUCUCAAAUAGAUACUCAGAUGAUCUACAGAAAUUAAUCAAAGAAAUGCUCAGCUGUGACCCUCAUGACAGACCUUCAGCUGAUGAGAUUCUAGCAAAACCAUUCCUGAACAUUGCAGUGAUUAGAAAUAAGGGAAUUCCAGAUGCUCUGCAACAAAGCUUGAUGAAAUCCAUCAGGACCUUUAAUAAGGCCUACAACAAACACUUUAAAAACUUUGAGACCUCAGUUAUGGAGUGGAAAAGAACAACAGAUUCACUAGAGUCAAUACAUUAUAAAGCCACAGCAGGCAGUCUGUCAGGAGCAGUGAUCGGAGCAGCUGGAGGAAUCACUGCAUUGGUUGGUGCAGUUCUGGCACCGUUCACAUUUGGAGCAUCACUGAUUGUAGCGGGUGUUGGUGUUGGUGUUGGAGUAGCAGGUGGUGCAACAGGUGCUGCGUCCAACAUUACCAAUUCAGUAAAACAAAAAUCACUCCGUGAGAGUUUUGAAAAAAUUCAGCAGGACUACAAAACUGCAAGUGAACCAAUUCUCAAUUCCCUGAGAGCACUGAGAAAGUUACUGAGAAAAAUUACAAAGUUCCGUGAUUUUGUCCCCAACACCAAUUUGAAUAAUGCACAAAUAGCAUGGAGAAUAGGCAGAACCACAGUAGCAGGCAUCACAGAAUUGGUGACUCUUGGAAUGUUGGCAAGUUUCGGCAGAAUUGCUGUCCAGGCUGCUGGUGUUGGACGAGCAGUGGCAGCAGCGUCAGGUGUGUUGAGUUCAGUCUUAGUCAUUGCUGACGUCGCCUUCAUAGUCAGAGAUUCCCGAGAGAUUCACCAGAUGAGACAGCAGUGGAGAACAGAUGAUCCAGAAAAGGUCACAUCCCCUGUACUCAAGGCCAUUGCUCAGAUGAGGAAAGCACAUAAAGAGCUUUGCAAUGUCUUGGAAGUAAUUAAAGAAACAAGAGAGGAACUAAAAAAAGAAGUGGCCGAAUGUGAUUUAGAAAAUGAUUUAGAGAGAUUAAACAUUUAAACAAAACUAAUCAGAGACUCAGGCAACAUCCUGCUGAUUCAUAUGCGAUCUUAAACGGAUAGUUCACCCAAAAUCAUCAUAAACCUUGGAGGACUAAGGAUAUGUUUAAAUAUAUCUCCGAUUAUGUUCAUCAGAAAGAAGAUAGUCAUAUACACCUAGGAUGGCUUGAGGGUGAAUAAAUCAAGGGAUAAUUGUCAUUUUUGGGUGAACUAUCCCUUUAAGUGGAAAAAAAAAAGAUUUCUACAGAAAAUUAUUUAAAUGUUACAUAAGAGUCAAACAAUAGAAUAGAUGCAUGAUGUAUGAAGUCAGACUUUUGCAAUCAUUCUAUUUUGUAAGCUGUACUAUUAUCUAUUAUAUACAAGACAAUGGGUCUGAUUCUCUAAUAAUUGCAUGGAUUAAUUCUAUUUAUGUACAUAGGAGAACUUCUCACAAAAAAGUCUGUGCAUACAUACAUGAUUUUGUUCUAAUGUUAAUUAAUUUUGUAUUUCUGAAUAUUUCUGAAUGAGUGACAGCACACCUGAGAUUAGUUGCAUGAGGACACCAAUAUCAUCUCCAUAAAGGCUUUCCUUUACAGCCUUUCAUCACUCUCAGCAAACAUACAAUAAAAUUAAUUCUGAACCACAAUAAACACCUUCUAAUACAGACACAGAUUACACAUGAAUUGUUUAUGGAAAAAUUUUGUACAUAGAUUUCACACAAUAUUCUUGUGUACGGUGAAACUAAUGUUUGAGACCCAAUGUUUUCUAUAGCCAGGUUUCCAUCAAAGGAUUUUUUUUUUUUUUUUUUUGUGAAAAUUUUUUAGUGCUUUUCCCCUUUAUUUUUACCGCAUAAAAUAUAUAUUGAUAGUUCAAAUGUCGCGAAAAUGAGUUUGGAAACAAACUCUGUCAAGAAAAGGGGCUUUAAUGCAAAUAAAUGUGGUGUCACAUGACUGAAUUAGCCUAUAUGUGGCAGGCAACAUCUAGGGGGUGUGGUUCGUAUGUGCCGUCUUUUGGAUCUUUGACAUGGGUAUGAGUCUAAAGUGUUUUAAUAGGUGGUGUUUGUCUUGAUAUAAUUAAUAAAGUUAUCUUGUUGCUCUUGUUGUAUUUGAGGUUUUUUUUUGUUUUGUUUUUUGGUUUGAAUGUUUGGUUUUGGGUAUAUUGUCUAGUCCGCCUGGGUAUUUGAAUCGGUAAUUGUGCAGAAAAGAAUGGGAACGGCCCUUUGGGGGACUAGUUUUUUUUUUUUUUUUUUUUCAUUUUUUGUUCUCUUUGUAUUUUGUUUGUUUCCCCCAUUGUUUAUAUAUACUUUGCAAGGACACCAUAAGCUUAGUGUUUAAGCAGAGUUGAGCUAUUUUUGCAUAUAAUUUACUUUUGAUGCAUUGUGUGAAUCGCGAGGUUUAUUUUUGUAUUGUGAAUUUUUUUUUUUUUUGUGUGUGGUUUGAUGCUCAACUCUUGCUUGUUAACUUGUGUGUAAGGUGUAAUAAACUCUGUAAAGCCAUCAAUAAAUCUUGGGGAUUUAUUUAAACGAA